CCUUAAGUAAAUAUUUGCUACGUUUGAAUGUCGAAUCGUGGUCGAAUCCUAAUCAAAAUUGAAACAAGAGAAAAUCAUAAAUAAUAAAUCUUCAAUCAUUUAAAGUCGAUAAGUUUAAAAAAUAUGGCUAUGAAGAAAAUACCAAUAGAGGAACAAAGUUUAUUGUGUGCUUCUAUUCAUAUCAACAAUUUCAAACGAGUGAUCGAAGAACUGGUGUAUAAUUCACUUGACGCUUUGUCUUCUUCUAUUGCAAUAAGAGUUUGUAUUCAAGAAAAUUUCAUCCAGGUAUUGGAUAACGGCAAUGGCAUCCUAAAAGAUAAUUUUCGCUUGCUAGGGCAAAAGUAUGCAACUAGUAAAUACGUUGAUAUAACCUCCUUAAAAUCUGCACCUGAUAAGUAUGGGUAUAGGGGCCUAUCUCUUGCAAGCAUUAUUGAUGUCUCGCAAUGUGUUAAAAUAACCUCACGACAUGAAAAUUCAAAUAAUACUUGGAUGAAAACAUUCUUUAAUGGCAAAGAGAAAGAAAUUUGUAGAACUGCUUCCAGACCAUCCAAAGGUUCUACAGUAGAAAUAAAAGGAUUUCUGUAUAAUUUAAAUAUUCAAAGAAAAUCAAUAGAUACACAGAACGAAUUACAAAACAUUAAAAUAGCACUGCAACAGUUAUCGCUCGUGCAUUGCAAUGUAUCAAUUAGUUUGAGAGAUGAUUCCAAAAAUAAUAUUAUUCUUCAAAUACAUAAAAAUAGUACCUUGCAUGAUACGAUACGUUCGGUUUUUCAAAUAAGUGAGAAAGAUUUCCAAGAAUUAAAAGUUGAGAAGAAUGAAUACAAAGUCAAAGCUUUUAUUGGUAAAAAUACGGCAGAAUCAAAUAAUUACCACCAAUGGAUUUAUAUAAAUGGCAAGUUUAUCCAGAAAUCAAUUUUACACAGGAAAAUAAACGAAAGUUUAUCUAAAUUUCUUAAUUCAAGAAAUUGUAAGACAAAAAAUAUGCACAAUGAAGAUGGAAAUGAUUAUUUUAAUUCUAAUAUCCCGUUUUAUUUUAUAUUUAUAACAUGUCCAUUUUAUGAUUAUGAAAUGAACUAUAACUCUGAAAAAUCUAUAGUUGAAUUUAAAGAUUGGAAGGAAGUCAACAAUUUAAUUGAAAAACUUAUCCAGUUUUAUAGUGGUGGUUUAGUAACUAAAAAACAAGAGUUAAAUAAAAUAGGAAAUGCAGAAUUGAAAUCAGAUACAAGGGCAGAAAUAAAAGGAAUUAUGGAAAAAAUAUUAAAUAAUAAAAAUAAACCACCAAAAAUUUCUCAGCUACAAAAUGGUGUUAAAGGUAAAAUUUUGAAAAGAGGUAAGAAGAAAAAGAAAGACCUUUCAAUACAAAAAAUAUUAAACAAAAAGACUGAAACAAAUAACCCAUGUCAUUUAAGAGACUAUCCUAAAUGUUCUACUGUGAAAACAUCAGACGACAAGCUAAAGCAACAACCAAUUAAUUUGAAUGGUACAAGGAAUUUACAGAUGCAGAAUUUAACAAAUAAAGGGCUGAAGCGAAAAGUUCCUAAAAUAAAGAAAAUUAAGAAACAAGUAGUUCAAACAUCAAAACAAAACUUAAAUCAAGAUUCUUCAAUCAACAAUCCAAGGAAUAAUGAUGGAGAUGAAAUAAACCCACAGAUUUCAGAAAAAAAGAAAUUCCAGAAACUUAUUAAAACAAAUAAAAAAUUUAAGAAAUCUGUUAAAACAGUUAAACACAUUGAUUUCAACGAUUCACUAGCUAAGAGGUUUGAAUCACCUACAAAAAUAGUGAGAAAACGGAUUAAAUACCUCAAGCAAAGAGUACUCAAGGCAUUACAUACACAUAUUUUUAAAGAGUAUAGCUGUCCAAAAAAUGAUGUGUAUAGUUUUAUUAAUAAUGAAACUCAGUAUCAAACAAUUACAAAAAACACUGCACCUUUAUCAUUGUGUAAAAACACAACAGAUAAAAAUUUGAAGAUCACAACGUCAAAUGUUUACAUUUCAGGAAAUAAAAACGAAGUUAAUAAUUUAAACUAUCAAAUUGUAAAAAAAUCAUAUGAUCUUAUUAAGACUGUAAUUACGAGCCAGUAUAACGUGCAAGAAUAUAAAAAUACUCAAGCACUUUGUAGACAUCCCUAUGAAAGACAAACGAAUAAUACUUAUAAUGAAACCGAUAUUCCUAUGGGAACAUAUAACAGCCACAACAAUAACGCUGAAGCAGCAAAAAGAAUGGGUUACUUUAUCAGUGAGGCUUCACGUAAUAAUUUUAUUUUACAUAAUCAAGAUUUAUUUCCAAUUUCAAAUAAAAAUAAUUACAAUAAACCAGCAAAAUUACCCAGAGAUAAACACAAAAGUAGAGCAAAGAUCUCGAACUAUAAUUUCUUAAACAGAUAUUAUAAUCAGGAACCUCAAAGUUAUGCAUAUACUAUUGAAAUGACUGAUAGCCAUGAAAUAAUUAAUUGUAGGAGUGAAACUUUUCAUUCUAUGAAUAACAAUUUGCCACAAGUUGACAACCAUACUCAAUCAAUCAAUCGAUCAAAAUCAAUCGAUUUAGUUAAUACAUAUUAUAACCAUGAAGGCCAUAAUAUGAGGGCAUUAUAUCAUACUGAUAACUACGCAGUAAAUAAGACAUAUUCUUUAGAAAUAUGCAAUACACCAAGUCCCUAUUAUUAUUUAAAAGAGGUACGUUCAUCAAAGAUAAAUGAAACAGUUGAUAACGAAAAUAAAAACUAUCAAAUCGAAGAAGAAAAUCUUAUAAUAUUAGAAUCAGAAAGCAGCAAUACAGAAAUACAUCAUGACAUAGAACUACAUAGACACAGUAAUGAACUAAGAGACUUAGAGAAAGAAUUUGAAAAUACUUUUGUCAAUGGAAGAGAUACUGUAACACAUUCUGAUCAUAGUUUGGUUGAAAAUGGGAAUCCAAGUAUUAAUAACGCAAAUAAUAAUAAUGCAUUAAUAACGCAACAAGCAAACGAUUUCGUAAGCGAUCAAAAUAUAAAUAGCCAUAUUCAAAGAUUAAAUAUAUUUACAAAUUGCAAGGAAUUAUCGGAACAUAAAAUAGACAAGCUGAUUCGAAAUAUUGGAUUAAAUAGUAAUUUAGGUCAAGAAACACGAUCACUACAGAUAGAUAGGGAGGAAAAUCAUGGCGACAAAAUUUACAGCUUUCAAAUAAAAAGUCGUCAUCGUUUUCUACGAAAAGGUAUGUCUCCGAUAGCGGGCCACCUUUGUAAACUCCAGAAUGCGUAUUCAUGUAAUGAUGACAAUGCAUAUUAUAAAGAUAUGAUUUAUACAAACUUCGCAAAUGAUGUUUUAUUAAAUACAGAAAUUUAUGAACCGGAAAUACAGAAUGCCAAAAAUCUUUUUUCAAAUCACAUAGAAAAAGUCAACACUGAUAUCCAAAAGCAAAAUGCUGAUCUAAAAUUCGAUUCUUCGUCGUUAACGAGAGCUAAAGUCUUAGGACAAGUGGAUCGUAAAUUUAUUGCUGUUGUUUUAAACGGUAGGUCAGUACAAACUGCCAAACCUUCCGAAUUCCUUGUUUUGUUUGAUCAACAUGCUGUAGAUGAAAGAAUCAGGCUCGAAAAUAAUUUAGCAGACUACAUACAGGGCAGUGACUGGAAAAGUAUUGAUAUAGAUCCUAUACUAAUGGUACUAAGUACAGAUGAUUAUCUUUAUUUAGUCAAUCAUAAAGAUAAAUUAGCUCAAUUUGGAUUGCAGUGGACGUUUACGUCAGAAAAUAAAAUAUUGUUCAAUGCUUUACCAAAAGCAAUACUAGGGAAAAAUCCCAGACAGGUUGAAAUAGUUAUGAAAGCUGUAAAGAAAUUGAUUUCGGAACAGAUUAAAGCAAUUAAAUCACUCAGAGGUAAUGUCUCGGUAUAUCCUAAAUCAAUAAUGGAACUUGUUUUUAGCGAGGCUUGUAGAUACGCAAUUAAGUUUGGGGAUAAACUAUCGAAAAGUGAAUGUUUAAAUAUGAUAAAUUCGCUUGCUCGAUGCAAAACUCCUUUUCAAUGUGCCCAUGGACGACCUGUGAUGGCAGUUUUGAUGGAAUUAAAGAAUUAUAGUCAGACCUAUAAGGUAAACAUGUCGAAAGUCAAAAAAUUCAAAAAGAUGACGUAGAUCGAAGAUCAAGGAACUUUUUGACCCUACUUAAUUAUAGUACACUAUAAAUUUAUAAAAUAAUUAAUUUUUUCAUUUCUCUCAACGACCACCAUGCCUGAUACUAUUAAGUAGGUAGAA